AUGAAUGUCCUUAGGUCUGAUGUUCCACGUGCUUAUAUCUCCCUGUCAAGGAGUCUUCGAGCCAGCGCUUGCAGAUAUGCCGCUGCCCCAUUGCAUACCGUUGGUACGCGUUCGUAAUUAUGACUACUCCGUUAGUUUGUACUUCCGGAACAACUUAUCCUCUGACUCCUUAUGAGGUGCCUUCCGAGGCUCCUCUCCAGUCCUCUGCUUCUGGAGUUAUCCGCCCGAAGAUCAUGAAUUCGGGAGUGCAACAGAAGGAGGUCCAGCCCUCGUCAGCCGCCGAUGUUCCUCUUAAUCAGGACAUUGCCAUGGUAGGUCACAAAGCGUUCCGUUGCCCCUUUUUCCUUUCUCCACCAAGCCCCUCUUAUCAUAAACAGUGUUUGUCUGACCGUGGCCCCAUGGGUUGUGGAUCAUUCUACUACCCAAGUGAAGAAUCGUCUUGUCCUGAGUUAAACGCUUCCCACUUCUCAGUGAUUUCUUUAGUCUGACUUGCUACAGCUUCCGUCCCAUUCUUUGGUGUGCGGAUGACAUUUCCCUAACUUUCAAUCACACACGCGGCUAAGACAACACAGGCUCGAAAACUAACACUACGCUUGUGAGCAGUCACCCUUGCAAUCCGUGCCAAUACAGUCAGUUUCCCGUUAUCUGACUGGCACGGCAAGCUUCUCCUGAACAUCUAUUUGGCAAAUAAAUGCCGCGCCUGAGUUAGUGUCGUGCUUAGGAAAAUGUGCUUGACCGAUGAAUGCUCGCCUCAGAGAUCUACUCAGGUACGCUCUGAAACCUAAACCGACCAUUUCACACCGAUGAGCAGAGCGAAGAGGCAAGCGCAUUUCGGCCUCCUCUGCAUACUCGACUUGGAUCGCAUACCAAGUAAUUAAGCAGGUAGGCGAAGGAAUAUCAUAAUUUCUCCUAUGUAUGAGUCGCCAGGACCUGACUUAUACACCAGAAUAUUUUAUACAUCGGCCAGUAAGUAGAAAGUGUUAAAUGCGCUCGGAAGCUGACGUCAGAACGCGCUUUUUAUUGGCAGAAGAAAGUCCUUAAAACGGGUCAGGGCGUUCCCCGAAAGAGUAAUUUAUAGGCGCGGUGUGUGAACAUUAAUAGCCUAAAAUGUUAUACCACCUCUGUUUUCGCACACAAGAUGUCUUUUGUGGCUCACAUGGGACAAGGUGCUAUGUGCAGCACCGUUAAGAGACUUCCAGAAAGUAUCUUACAGUUGCAAUUACAGAUGCCUUUGUUCACAACUUUUUCUACUUCAAUUUGGGUACCAAUGCAUCGCAUUUUUUCCACAUAUUUGUUUAGGAAGUACUUCCCGGCGUCACUCCUCUUAUUCCGGCUGUUGAUUCCGACAACUUGGACUGCCAAGUUAUUGCCUGCUCCCCGGAACUAAUGUCGGAGUUCGCCCCACUCUUUCCUGGCAAGAAGCUCAGUAACCUUACUGCUGUUACAUUUGCCCACCGAACUAAUUGCAACAUCUUCGACUGGAAUGAAGAAAUGGCUGCAGAACGGGAACAGUUGGCUGAACACGUACUCUCGAAUUUUUAUUCUUAAUGCUCUUUAGUUCUCCGAGGCUGCCAGUGAGAUGUGCACCUACCUGAACAACCAAGGGUACUGGGCUGAUUAUAUCGACCCAUACACUGGCCAACCGGUAAGGCGUGCUAUUUAUAUACUGUCGACAAGCAUAUUACAUAUCUAACUGUCAUUUUUAUUUUUACUGGGUUCACUGGAUUCGAAUCAUGCGCCUAAGAGCAGGGAUACACGAUGAGCCCAGUAUACUAAAAGCGAGCUUAAAGUGAUCAUCUUGUAAAAAAUAUGCUCAAUAGCCAACCUGCCAAAAACUGGAAGAUUGCAGAGGCAAACUGAGUCUCCCAAAAGUAUUCUCCGAAAACCCUGAUAUGAAGACAGAAAUGAAGCAAAUACGUGGACGCAAUUCUUAAAGCUUGCUUCUUGGUGGAGGCAUCUUAGGGAGUGUUUUACGAUUCCCAGAGGUAGCCAUAGAAGGAGGGGUGUUGAGUUUGUUGUUUAAUAAGCCUGUUUACUGGGCUAGGCCACGCUUUAGAUUUACCAAGUAAGUGGGUGGAACAAAUGUUUAGGAUUACCUUUUUUUCCAAAGAAAUGCGGUAAGCCCGUCACCAUAUCGUCCAACUAGAUCAAUCUUCGUGUGCCAUGUUUACACGGCCACUCUUCUUUCCUCAUUUUCCCAAUUUUGAAUUCUCUGAACAUGAGGGAAGUACACGGUGACCCGUGUUCUGGAUAUGAUGCAUUCAAUGGGACGCAAAUAUCCCUCGUUACCGCGGUCGAUUGAGGAUGGACGACCUACCUCCAUCCGUUUACGUUAAUUUUGUUCGCUCUAGUGAACACCAACUGCUGGGUAGGCGUCAGCUAAACAUUCAAAGCAGUCACUGUCAUAUAGAUUUGCGUUCAUGCUUCGCCUCUAGUUUAUAUUUAUAGUAAAUAGGCUAUCCGAGAGUGCAGUCCAAGGCGACUUGAGUACUCCAGAUAGAAAAGUCUACCGAUCUUGAUAAUGUACCACGGCAGCCGACUGUAUUUGGACCCACAAACUGAUUCUCGCGGAACCUGCCGUAAUGUACUUCUUUAUCUAGUAGAGGUUAUUUUUGCCGCCUAAUAAAGAAUGCCUUUCUAUUUCUGACAUUUUUGGAUUUUAUCUACAGGCUCUGAGUGGAACGACUUCCGAUGCGCUUAUGGAGACGGACGCUCGUUUCAAACGUCUCGGCUUCCUGAUUGAUGAUGUCGCCUGCUGUAAGAUUCUUCGUCAUCAGCGUUGGGGCCACCAAGUCUCUGUUGGUGUUGUCUUCACAAACGCACCGCCGAGCCUUCCCAUGUUGGCUAAUCUUCAGACCUCGUCCCUAUUAACCCACUAAAGUGGCUGUGCUAUCUCCCAUGAGGAUAUUUUAUGCUAAUUUUGACUCUUAUUAAGGUGGAGACCAAUGCAUAUCUCAAAAUACACUAUUUUGUCCUGAUAAGCCUUUCUUCACCUUGUUACACAGUGUCUACGCUUUGUACAGCCCUCUUCGAUGUUUCAGCGUUUGAGGGCACUGCGUGGUGA